GGCGGCGUCAUCGCUGGCAGGAGACGCAGCGGCGAGGCUCUCGGUGACGGCGGCGUGGAAACAUGGUGCUCGACUUGGACCUUUUCCGCACCGACAAAGGCGGCGACCCGGAGCUCGUCCGGGAGACGCAGAGGAAGCGGUUUAAAGAUGUCACGCUGGUGGAUAAACUGGUCGCCGCCGACAAAGAGUGGAGGAAAUGUCGCUUCACUGCAGACAACCUCAACAAGGCGAAGAACAUGUGCAGCAAGAGCAUCGGGGAAAAGAUGAAGAAGAAGGAGCCGGUUGGCGACGAUGACUCUGUCCCUGAAGAAGCCCAGAACUUGGAAUCCCUGACAGCAGAGAUUCUUUCAGCUCUCACCGUCAGCCAGAUCAAGACGGUGCGUCUGUUGGUGGACGAGGCAGCGGAGAAAACAGACCGCGAGAGGUCCCGGUUGGAGGCGGAGCGCUUCGAGUACUUGCGGGAGAUUGGCAACCUCUUGCACCCGUCGGUUCCCAUCAGUAAUGAUGAGGACGCGGACAACAAGGUGGAGCGGACCUGGGGUGACUGCGCCGUGCAGAAGAAGUACUCCCACGUGGACCUGGUGGUCAUGAUCGACGGCUUCGACGGGGAGAAGGGCGCGGUGGUGGCGGGCAGCAGGGGCUACUUUUUAAAGGGCCCGCUGGUGUUCCUGGAGCAAGCGCUGAUCAACUACGCCUUAAGGAUCCUGCACACCAAGAAGUACACCAUGCUGUACACGCCCUUCUUCAUGAGGAAGGAGGUCAUGCAGGAAGUGGCCCAGCUGAGCCAGUUCGACGAGGAGCUGUACAAGGUCAUUGGCAAAGGCAGCGAGAAGUCGGACGACAACUCGGUGGACGAGAAGUAUCUGAUCGCCACGUCGGAGCAGCCGAUCGCAGCCUUCCUGAGGGACGAGUGGCUGAGGCCCGAAGACCUGCCCAUCCGCUACGCCGGCUUCUCCACCUGCUUCAGACAGGAAGUGGGCUCCCACGGCCGGGACACCCGCGGCAUCUUCAGGGUGCACCAGUUUGAGAAGAUCGAGCAGUUUGUCUACGCCUCACCUCACGACGGCAAGUCCUGGGAGAUGUUUGAGGAGAUGAUCGGCACGGCAGAGGAGUUCUACCAGUCUCUGGGGAUCCCAUACCGCAUCGUGAACAUCGUCUCUGGCGCCCUCAAUCACGCCGCUAGCAAGAAGCUGGACCUGGAGGCCUGGUUCCCCGGCUCAGGUGCCUUCAGGGAGCUGGUCUCCUGCUCCAACUGCACAGACUACCAGGCCAGACGUCUGCGCAUCCGCUUCGGUCAGACCAAGAAGAUGAUGGACAAGGCGGAGUUUGUGCACAUGCUGAACGCCACCAUGUGCGCCACCACGCGGGUCAUGUGCGCUAUCCUGGAGAACUACCAGACUGAGGACGGCAUCGUCGUUCCAGAGAAGCUCCGGGAGUUCAUGCCGCCGGAUCUGAGCGAAAUGAUCAAAUUCGUGCGGGCGGCUCCCAUCGACCUGGAGACGCACAAGAAAGCAAAGAAGCAGCAGGAGGGGGGGAAGAAGAAGAAGGGGGGGAAUCUAUGUGGAGACAUGGAGAACAUGUCCGUCAACAACUCCUAGGUCAAAGCGUCACCAUAGCAAUGCGUCACCAACCACCGAGUCAGCCAAGCGCCCACAUGUCACGUGACCUGUCAUUCUUCCACUGCACGGAUAGAAGGAGCGUCUCACAAACUGGAGUGAAGCCUCUGAUCAUGUUGCUGUCCAGACGCUCGCGUCAUCGUAUUAAAUGUGCCAGUUAAGGAA